AUGGACUGGCAACCCAACCAAGAGUCCUUGAAGACACUGGCGACGUGUCUCAAGGAUUCUCUGAGUGGCUUUAACAAGGCUGCCCAGAAACAAGCCGAGAUUAUGCUCGGGCAAGCAAAGUCGUCGCCCGAUAUCAACAACUAUCUGGCCUUUAUAUUCUCGAGCUCCACGCCGCCCCAGGACCUAGCGCUGACCGCCGCUGACUGGCAUAUUGUCCGCUCCGCAGCUGCCAUCAUGCUCAAGAACAAUAUCAAGACCAAUUUCAAGCAGAUUUCCGAUCCCGGCCUCGCUCUUAUCAAGCUGGCAGUCCCCCUAGGAAUCCAGGACAAGAACUCGCAAGUUCGGAAUUACGCGGGAAAUAUUGCAACAGAGCUCAUCAACCGGGGAGGCCUGUUCAGCUGGCCCGAGCUACUGCCCGAGCUCCUGAAGAUGCUCAGCAACGAGACGGGCCAGGUUUCAAACGAGGCUCAAGAGGGCGCCAUGGCGGCGAUGGCAAAGAUUUGCGAAGACAACACGAAAUUGUUGGAGAGGGAGCACAAUGGCCAGCGACCCCUCAACUUCCUCCUGCCCAAGUUAAUCGAGGCAACUAAAAGCCCCCUGCCCAAGGUCCGGGCACAGGCCCUGACAGCUAUCAACGUUUUCACCCCCAGAAAAUCGCAAGCUAUGCUGAACUCCAUCGAUGACCUCCUGCAGCAUUUGUUCUAUCUUUCUGAGGACCCCGUAACCGAUAUUCGGCGCCAGGUCUGCCGCGCCUUUGUCCGUCUCGUAGAGACCCGCCCGGACAAACUUCUGCCCCAUAUCGGCGGGCUGGUGGACUACAUAAUCAACCAGCAGAAGAGCGAGGAUGAGGAGCUUGCCUGUGAAGCUGCUGAAUUCUGGCUGUCGGUCGGGGAACACGAGAACCUGUGGCAGGCGCUCCAGCCCUAUGUGGAACAAAUCAUUCCUGUCCUGCUACAGUGCAUGGUGUACAGCCCAGAGGAUAUUGCUCUUCUCGGAGGUGCAUCCGACGAUGAAGAUGAAGAAGACAGAGAAGAGGAUCUCAAACCCCAGUUUGCCAAGAAGAACCUGAAGCGUAAUAUUAACCAGGAGGCAUCGGCGGAUCCGGCUCAGAAUGAGAACGCUUUCGAAAAGCUCGCAAACAUGGAUGCCGAUCUGGAGGAAGGCGAGCUCGACUUGGAGGACGGCGGCGAUGAGAACCCGGACGAGAAAUGGACACUCCGAAAGUGCUCGGCUGCGGCACUCGACGUGUUCGCCAAUGACUUCGGCGGUCCAGUAUUCACGUCUAUAUUGCCUUACCUGCAGACAAACCUCAAGCACCAAGAUUGGCCGCCCAGAGAAGCUGCCGUUCUUGCCCUCGGCGCUGUUGCUGAAGGCUGUAUGGAUGUGGUCGUUCCGCACCUACCGGAGCUCGUGCCGUAUCUCAUUAGCCUUCUUGAGGACCCGGAGCCGGUAGUUCGGCAGAUCACCUGCUGGACGCUUGGCCGGUACUCAGCAUGGGCAGCAAACCUGGCAGAUCCGACAGAAAAGAAUACUUUUUUCAUGCCCUUGAUGGACGGCAUCCUCAGGAAAAUGCUCGACAAGAACAAGAAAGUCCAAGAGGCGGGAGCUUCCGCGAUGGCGAACCUAGAGGAGAAGGCGGGGAAGCACCUUGAGCCAUUCUGCGGGCCCAUCAUUCAGCAAUACGUUCAAUGCUUUGCAAGGUACAAGGACCGAAAUAGGUGGAUUCUCUAUGACUGCGUACAGACCUUGGCGGAGCACAUCGGGCCCGUGCUAGCUCGGCCUGAGCUUUGCGGGGAGCUGAUGCCUGCUCUGAUCAACCGGUGGCGUCAAGUUACAGAUCAGUCACGGGAGCUCUUCCCGCUUCUCGAGUGCUUGUCUUAUGUGGCCAUGGCCCUGGGCGACGCAUUCUCUCCCUAUGCAGAGCCCAUCUUUGCGCGGUGCGUCAACAUCAUUCACCAGAACUUGGAGCAGUCUAUAGCCGCGACCAACAACUCCAAUUUCGAUACGCCCGAGAAAGACUUCUUGGUGACUAGCCUGGAUCUUCUGAGCGCCAUCAUCCAGGCUCUUGGCGAAGAGAAGGCACUUAAGUUGGUCAGCAGUAGCCAGCCUUCCUUCUUCGAGCUGUUGAGUUUCUGCAUGGACGACCCUGCCGAUGAGGUUCAGCAGUCUGCCUAUGCUCUCCUUGGAGACUCCGCGAAGUACUGUUUUACCCAGCUAAAGCAGUUCCUACCCUCGAUGAUCCCUAUUUUGCUCCGACGCCUGGAUUUGGACCAUAUCCUGGACGAGGAGGUUGACAAUGGGUUUGGCGUUGUCAACAACGCCUGCUGGAGCGCGGGCGAGAUUGCCGUGCAAUACAAGAAAGAGAUGGCACCAUAUGCUAUUGAGCUAUUGAAGCUCCUCGUUGAAAUCAACAGCAAUCCACGGAUUCCCAGGGGGGUUGUCGAGAACGCCGCUAUCGCGCUAGGAAGGCUAGGAAUCGAUAACUACGAGGUACUCGCUCCGCAUCUGCCAACGUUUGCUGAAGACUUUUUGAAUGCGAUGGAAGACAUCGACCCAUCUGAAGAGAAGGCUACCGCUUUCAAGGGGUUCAGCCUAGUUGUGGCCCAGAACCCACGGGCGAUCGAAAAUGUUCUUCUACAGUUCUUUGUCGCGAUCGCGAGAUACCGGGACCUGAAGUUGCGGACGCCGGUCAAGCAAGACCUGCACGACGUAUUUCAGAACGUUCUCAACAUAUACCAGCAACUCAUUCCCCAGUUCAAUGAGUUUAUUGGGCAGAUGAAGCCCCAUGAUCGGGAAGCGCUGAAGAUGCACUACGCCAUAUAG